CUAUAUAUCAUCCAUGGUAGUAUCAAGUUGACAAACGGAGAGAGUUGGCGCUUUUGAAAAAGGAUUUAUUUUGUACCGUUAGAAAUUCACACAAAUGCAAAUAAUCUUAUAAAUGCGUUUCAUAAGUCUUAUAAUUAUCGCCCAACUCAUUUAAACGAUGAGAGGUAAAUGUCAUGCGGUAAAGUGACAAUUCAUAAGAUAACGUGCCAACACGCGAAAUUUAAGCCGAGAAAGUCGGCACUACUUUUCAGUCUUUCAUUAAAUAACAAUAUUCGCGAAUAAUGAUACGAAAUGUAUUUCAAAACGGUCAAAAGAUCUUUUGGAUCGGAUGUACAUGCAUUGGUACAUACAUCGCAUAUCGAUAUUGGAAAAAACGAGAACUUUUGGCAAUAGACGAAGGUUUUGAAGAAGUGUCUAAGAUUGAUGAUAGUCAUGAAAAACGAGUGCUUCUAUUAGGUUUAUCCGGAGCUGGAAAAACGUCGAUUAUAAACCAAAUAUGUGUGGCAAACGGUGACGAAACUUCAUAUAUUGUCCCUCCAAAACCCACAGAAGGUUCUUCUGUAUAUAGAAUAAAAAAUGGGGUUCUAUUUUAUAAUGUUUGGGAUAUUGGAGGUUCAGAUGCCACUAGAAAAUAUUGGACUGCUUUCUUGCAAGACACAGAUUUGUUAUUAUUUGUAGUAGAUGCAUCUGACAUAAACAAAUUAUCUUCCGCUGCUUCUAUUUUGAAACAGUUAUUAAGUGAUGCAAGAAUGGAUGAUGUACCAAUUUUAGUAGUUGCUAAUAAACAGGAUUGUCCCAGUGCUCUAAAGCCAGAAGAAGUUAAGAAAGCUUUAGAUUUAUUAAGUAUUUCACCUCAUAAGCAUAAAGUAGAAAUAAUUGGAUGCCAAACAAGACCUUUUCCUGAAAUUCCAGAAACAACUGAAUAUACUUGGUAUCAUGCAUCCGUUGAUUCUGUUAGAAAAAAAAUGUUUUAUAUGGCAAAAGAUAGUGUAUCUGCUCCUCUUUUUUGUUAAAUACUUUAUAAAAGAAAGAAAGGAAUAGAAGAAUAAGAAGUAAAUAAGAAAAUGACAAUAUGCCAAUUUAGCAUAUUGUAUACAAUUUUUCAAUGGAUUAAAGUGAUUACAGUUUGUGCACAAAAUGAACCUUUUUAAAACAAAUAAUUCAAGCUUUAAAAAAAG